AUGCAGAUGACGCACAGAAAAAUUAAAGUUGCCCUCAGCGGCGGCUGCGAGCUGCUCUUCGACAAGGAGGUAAGCAUAACCUUGGCAGAUGUGGUGCCUGUUGGGGCGACCAUCGCACAGUUAAUUGACAUGUUGCGGUGCGGCUACAUCAAGGAACGGCCAGAGCUGUUCGUCGAUGCCACUGGCGCAAAUGUGCGUCCUGGUAUUCUGGUGCUGGUGAACGGAUGUGAUGCCGAGGUGCUUGGUGGCGUAGAGCACGUCUUGGAGGACGGCGACGAGGUGGAAUUUGUGUCUACUCUGCACGGCGGAUGA